AUGUCCUCCACACGUGAAUCAUUCCUCCUUCCUGACAUCAUGCACUUCCUACCCUUCAAGGGUUCCAUCAAUCCCCAUUACGAGCGUGCGGCCAAGGCUUCCUCAGCCUGGGUCAACAGCUAUAGCUUCGUACCGGAGCACAAGCGUGUCUUCUUCCAGCAAGGCGGCAGCGAGCUCCUCUGCGCUUAUACUCAUCCCUAUGCCGGCUACGAAGAGCUGCGUACCAUCAUGGAUUUGAUCAAUCUUCUGUUUGCCAUGGACGAAAUCAGCGACGACCAGAAUGGGAAGGUCGCAUACAAGACUGGACGCAUCCUUCUGAACACUCUCCGUGAUCCUGACUCGAGCGAUGGAUCGGCACUGGUCCAGAUGACGAAGGGUUUCCGCGAGAGGCUUUUGCGAUUCAACCGACCCGCAUGCUAUCAGCAACUGAUCAAGCACACUGAAGAUUAUGUGAAUGCGGUCGUUUUAGAAGCCGAGUUACGGGAGCGCAAAGAGGUCCUUGACCCUGAUGCAUACAUCGUACUGCGCAGAGAGAACAGCGCCGUCCGCUGUUGCUUUGCACUGUUCGGGAUCAUCCUUGGUGCCGAGCUCCCUGCCGAAAUCCUAGAGCAUCCUACCAUGAUGCGCCUUCAUCUUGCCGCUGUUGACAUGACCUCCUUGUCAAACGACCUCUAUUCCUACAAUAGGGAACAAGCAAUGGGCCACGCGGGAAGUAACUUUCUAACCGUGUUGAUGAAGUCCAAGCACUGCGACCUCCAAACCUCCGCCGAUCAUCUCGGUGCGCACUUCAAGCAGCUCAUGGACGAUUUCCAAGUCGACAAGACUCGCUUGCCAUCAUGGGGUCCGCAAACGGAUGCAGUUGUCACCAGAUUCGUGGUGGCCAUGGAGAUCUGGGUGGUUGGUAACUGCGAAUGGAGCUUCGAGACGCCGCGUUACUUUGGUGCUCAGAGGGAACAAGUCAAGCGCACUCGUGAUGUCGAGUUGUAUCCACAGCGCCAUGAGCAUGAUGGGUGAACGUUAAGUAUCCCUGCCAUCACUAUAUCUACACCCGCAUAGGUGCCGAUUGCGCCAGUAGACGGCCAAUAACUUGUAUAUCUUGUACCUGCC